AUGUCAAGCGGAGGUUUACAGAGAAGAAGAGUAGCUGGAGGAGGAUCCAGUGGUGCCACAAGUCAGGGAUCUAAUAACGAAUCCUCGCCUAAUAACAGCCAGUUCAAUGGCAGCGGUGGAUCACGUCAUGGGUCUGCCUCACCAGCAGUGGGAUCCAGUGAAGAUCGCAAGGUAGCAUAUGAUCCUCAAGAUAUUAAUAAUACGGCGGAUGAGCUCCGCCAGCCAAAAUUCACUCUUAUGGAAGAAGUUCUAUUGAUGGGUCUUAAAGACCGCCAAGGAUAUCUGUCAUUUUGGAACGAUAACAUCUCGUAUGCUCUGAGAGGCUGUAUAUUAAUGGAAUUAGCUUUUCGCGGUAAGAUUGCUAUGGUGAACGAUCCAGUUCGUCGUCGCUUGCCGCUUUCAGAUCGUUAUGUUGAAGUUAUUGACGAUAAAAUCACCGGUGAAGCUCUGCUGGAUGAGACUAUCAAAAUCAUGAAGACUUCUGAGCCAUUAAGCAUUGGCACCUGGAUUGAUUAUCUAUCUGGAGAGACCUGGAACUUAACUAAAAUCUCAUUUCAAUUGAAACAAGUUCGAGAACGACUAGCCAAAGGGUUGGUUGACAAGGGUGUUCUACGAACUGAAAAGCGUAAUUUCUUUCUAUUUGACAUGGCAACCCACCCAGUGACUGAUACGCAAGUGAAGGAUGAGAUUAAACGCCGUGUCAUCACACUUCUGACAGCUAGAACCUGUGUCUUGGGUCCUACUCCCUAUUUCCCCGAGGAUGUUCCUUUCAGAUAUCUCCGUUCUAUUGCUCUGGUAGGAGGAUCAUAUGCCGCCAAUGUGCUGGAAAACGCUCUGUCCACCCUUGGAUAUGACGCUCGUGACAAUGCAUUUGCUCGGGCUGAUGAGAUCCUUGGGGACUACUCUGAGUGGCCAUUCAUUUCCCGUAGCGCCUCGGAACAUUCUACUGGUGUGGGUGUCAAUCUGUCUACUGUUAUAGCAGAUGAAGUUGCUGCCUACCCAGAUAAAGCCCUACAAAUCGAGAUCAUUGCUGCUGUCUUUUCUGUCUACGCCAAGCUCGAUGCAAUCAUGUAA